CCACACACAAGGGGGCGCUAACGCCACACGUGUUACGCCAACGGUCAAAGUCCACCUUAGAAGAAGACGGUUGCAGGUGCCUGUGGAGGUGCCUGCUUGUUUUCUGUUUGUUCGUGUCCUCUCUGCUGAAAUUACAGUUGGAAAAUACUUCCUGUUUUAAGCAGGACUAACAUAAUUCACAUUAUGAUAUCAGAGCCUCCUCCCAACGCCACACAACCAAACUCCCCUCACAGCAGGAUGGCACAGUGGGGGGCCAUAUUCUCGAUAAUCGCUGCCCUCGGAGGAGCGGCGCUGUUAUCCUCUGUGCACAAAAUUGACGAGGGACACACUGGAGUUUACUACAGGGGAGGGGCUCUGCUGACCACCACCAGCGGUCCUGGUUUCCAUCUCAUGCUUCCCUUCAUCACCACCUACAAGCCUGUUCAGACCACGCUGCAGACAGAUGAGGUGAAGAAUGUCCCAUGCGGCACAGGGGGAGGAGUGAUGAUUUACUUUGACCGUAUAGAAGUGGUGAACUACCUUCAUCAAUCAGCAGUUUUCGACAUAGUGAAGAACUUCACGGCGGACUACGACAAAGCUUUGAUAUUCAACAAAGUUCACCACGAGCUCAACCAGUUCUGCAGUGUGCACUCGCUGCAGGAGGUUUACAUCGGGCUGUUCGACCAAAUCGAUGAAAACUUGAAGCUGACUCUACAGGAGGAUCUAACAUCCAUGGCCCCUGGACUCAUCAUUCAGGCGGUCCGUGUCACAAAGCCUAUCAUCCCGGAGAGCAUUCGCAGGAACUACGAGCUCAUGGAGAGCGAGAAGACGAAGCUGCUGAUCUCUCAGCAGACACAGAAGGUGGUGGAGAAGGAGGCGGAGACAGAAAGGAUCAAAGCUAUAAUAGAGGCUGAGAAAGUGGCACAAGUGGCAGAGAUCAAAUACGGACAGAAAGUCAUGGAGAAGAACACGGAGAAAAGGAUCUCUGAAAUUGAAGAUGGUGCUUUCCUCGCCCGGAUGAGAGCCCGAGCUGAUGCAGAGUUUUAUACGUCACAGAGAACAGCAGAAGCCAAUAAGCUGAAGCUCACCCCGGAGUACCUGAAGCUCAUGAAGUUCAAGGCCAUCUCCGCCAACAGUAAGAUCUACUUUGGGUCCGAGAUCCCACACAUGUUCGUGGACUCGGGCUCCGCGGGGGGGUCAGUGAAGGCGUCUGCAGCCAUGGACAUUGUAGCCGAGCAGAUCAUGGACCUGGAUCACUAAAGAAGAAGUACCGAAGCCCUCAGGAGGAGGUGGAGGUCUGUCUGCAGGGGGAGGGGAGGGGGGCAGGAGCCUGACCCCCUGACCCAGAGAACUCCUGCUGAACAGAGCCCGUAUUUCUCAAACACCUCAGAAUAACUGCUAGAUAUCACACUGAAGGUUUUACAAGGAUUUGAUAUUAUUCUCCUACAGCAGAGCACAGGACUUGAGUUAUUGAGGUUUGCAUACACUUCUGCAUAGUUCUUAGAGAUGGUCUGGAAUCAGUCAAUUGGGUUGCAGAUAAAGCGGAUGAGAUAGCAUCAACUGUACGUGUCUAAUUAGCUCUGUUUAGCAAAAAUCUUUUCAUAUGUGCAUCUAGUGUACACAGUUCAUCUAUCAGGAAAUGACAACAAUCUGAAAUGCAAAACUACUUAUGUGUUUUUUUGGCUGCAACUGCUGAUUCUUAAAUGAUCAAUUCAUCUGCCAAUAUUUUUCUCAAUUUAUCAAGUUUUGUUAAGUCAAAAAAGCAUACUCAAAUUACUUGUUUUGUUUGACCAAAAUACCCAUAAAUAUUAGUUUACAAUGAUUCAUUACAAGCAGGGAAUCUUUUCAAUUUAGAAGCUGGAAUAAAAAACAUUACAGUUGACUGGUAUUAUUAAUAGAUCAAAAUGGAUACAAGUUAUUUCUGUAGAUUGUAGACUUUCUAUUGAUUGGCUAUAUUUAGACAAAUAGUGACUCUUCAUGUCCAGUUUAUAUUUGUCAUGCACCCACAUGCAUGUGUCCAGGGCAUUAAUUUGAAGCUGGGAUAUUUGUCAUGUAGGAAUUAUUUUAGGUGCAAUGAAUCUAAUCAGUAAUUGUUCUUGUUGCAUGCAUUUGCCAUUUGCUAACCCCUGUCCUUUAGUUACAUUAAUAAUUAGCAGAUAUACUAAAUCUAUACAUUAAAUCCUAAACAGUAAUUGUCAAGAUCAAGAAAGUUAUUAAAAUACUGGUCCCUGCUGCUCAAAGGAAGGACCACAUGUUUGUCUCUCUGAGGAUUUUAGACUUCCUAUUCUGAACUGCUUGAAAAAUACGGGCCCUCUCCAAGUAACCUCACAGUAGACGAGAGGACGAAGGAGCUAAUCGCUGCUGCCUGUCAGAUGUCACGUCAUCGCUCCUUUUGUUUGUUUAAUCUGGUGAAUAUUAACUGAGUUUGUGCAGCUGUCUGAAGUCUGCUGUAUGUGUGUGUGUAGCACUUUGUUUUUCUCUCCGUGCAUUCAGAGGGGAGAAGACAUCUGUGUGGCUGCUUAUGUUCACUGUUCAUAUCUAUUUUGCAUCAGUUUUAUUCAAAUCAGCGCCCACUUUAAACGAUUUAUGUUGUGUUAUGACAAAAACAAUUAAACAACUUUUGUACUCUAGUUUUACAGACGUGACAUAAGCUUUUCUCAAAGGGUAAUUUUCAGCAUUUUGGAUGAUUUAAAAUAACUAUUUAACGUAUAUCCUGUAGGAGUAGUUACAGGAUAUUUACACUAGUGAAUCGGCUUAUAAUUAGAUGUAUACUGAGGGACUUGAUGUAGAAAUAGUAUGUAGAAAUAGUACGUCGAAAUCGUCUGUCAUUUGUCAGUUUUGGAAAACUCAUAAUCUUUUGUAUAGAAAUCUUGGCUUGAUCAGGACCAAACAUGUUCUCAGUCUUAGAUUACUAAAAUGCAAAUGUUGACAAUAUCAUUUUGUCUCCCAGCAUUUAGCAAAUGUUAAGUUUGAAUGUUUAUACUGAGUGUUGUGGCAUUGCACAACCAAGAACACAUGGUUGUGAGUUACGACCAAGUAAUGCGUUCACAGAAACAAAUUAGCUUCAAAGUAGUAGAAUGUGGAUUCAGGCUUUGUGGGAAGCUGCGUGUUCAGACAUCGAGGCUGCCACUUAGUUUGUUGGGCACACACUUUCACACGAGAGAAAACAUUUUGGAGUUUGAAGCUAAAUGUCCUGUGUCCAAAAUUAACCUACACCCAACUUCUAAACAAACAGUGAUUAUGUUAUGUGUUAUUGACCCUGCUCUUUGUUGUCGUUUGAAGCUAGUCUUAAAGUCCCUUUCCGUUUUUAUUUUAAUACAAAUGUCUCUAAUUGAUUGAGAUUUAACAAUGACUUGAAACGCAAAGGUAUUUGCACUGAUUUCAAUUGUAAAUAUGCAAUCAAGAUAUUGUCAUUUGGCAAUAAAGAACUGUGGGUUAUACUUUGACUAAUUAAUGGCAUUAUUAAGAGUUGUAUUUACAAUGCAGGUCAAAUGGGACUUGUAGGAUGUGUGUCAUUAAAAGUGUAUUCAAACA